UAAGUAUUUAGCUACCUACUAUCUAGUUUGAUCUCGUAUAAUCUCAAUUAUAUUUCAGUGUUUAUGUAUUUAAAUGGUGAUUGGUUUCAUUGUUUAUAUAACUGUAUGAUUGAUAUAGUUACAAUAAGGAGAUAAUAAGAUUAAUAUAUAAUAUUGUUUUUAUCGAACAUCUAUAACAAAAAAUAUAAUCUCAUAAUAAUACAAAGAAAUGGUAUUUCUUACAAAUAUUUUAGGUUAUGUUAUAAAAGUACCUAGAAAACAUUUACGCGAUGGAUUCAUAGAUUCUUUACGUCUUAAUGUAAAAGGAGGUACCGGAGGAUCUGGUCUUCCUCGAUAUGGUGGAAAAGGUGGCUCAGGUGGUAACGUUUAUGUUGUGACAAAAAAAGAAUUGACGUUAAGAAAUGUUAAAACGAAAUGGAAAAAAGUAAAUAUACAUGCUGAAGCAGGUACCAGUAGUUCCAGUAAAGGAAUUCUAGGAAAAUCUGGUAGUGAUAUAAUUAUUGAAAUUCCGUGUGGUAUAACUAUCUUUGAUGAUAAUGGUUUAAAGUUAGGAGAUUUGAAUAAAAACGAUUUAAAGUUAUUAGUGGCAAAGGGUGGUCUUGGUGGUUGUCCAGAAACAGGUUUUUGUGGUCAGAAGGGACAAAGCAGAACAAUAAUACUUGAUUUAAAACUGAUUGCUGAUGUGGGUUUAGUUGGAUUUCCCAAUGCUGGAAAAAGUACAUUUUUACAUGCUAUGUCUAAAGCACGUCCAAAGAUUGCCCGUUACCCGUUUACUACUUUAAAACCGCAAUUAGGUACUAUGAUUUACGAUGAUCAUAGACAAAUAACAGUUGCAGAUUUACCAGGUUUGAUCGAAGGUGCACAUGUUAAUAUUGGAAUGGGACAUAAAUUUUUAAAGCACAUAGAAAGAACAAAGUUACUUUUAUUUAUCGUAGAUAUUCAAGGUUUCCAAUUGUCCGUACAUAGUCUUUAUAGAUCCUUUUUAGACACAGUUAUCUUACUAAACAAAGAAAUUGAACUGUACAAACCAGAUUUAUUAAACACACCUUCUAUGCUUAUAAUAAAUAAGAUGGAUACAAAUAAUGCUGAUAAAAUUUAUGCUGAUAUAAAAGAUAAAUUGGAAGAUUUACCAAAUGUUGCUUCAGAAUAUCCUGAGGAAAUAAGACCUGAUCAUGUUAUAGAAUUUGAUGAUAUUGUGACAGCAUCAUUAGCUCUAAAAAAGAAAAAUGAAAUAGAAAUGAUUAAAGAGAAAAUACGAAAUAUACUUGAUAUUAAUCAAGAAAAAGAAUUAAUAUCAAAAAAAGAAAUUGUAUCUAAUUCUGAUUUACAUGAAAAACUAAAACAGCAAGUAAAGCAAAUUGGUCCUACACUUGUAUAAAUUUGUUUUUAAAAUCUUCUAGAUUAAUAAAAGACAGUUUUAUAUAUAAGUAAAA